AGUGAUGCGGUGGCUUCGCGAUCUGUGAGCGGGCCGUGAACUAGCGCAGGCUAUGACGCAGCCCGCAUGGGAAAGCGCACCUCCCUCGGUGUAGUAUAACAGCAAAACAAAGAGCAAGCCUCCCAUGCUCGGUCGCCCAUAUUCUUGAAUUCCUACCACACAACCUCGCACAUCAUGGUCGAAGGAGUGGUUCUCAAGGACCUGCUCCCUCAUCCGGAGAUAGACCCCACCGUUCACGAGGGCAAGGCCACAACCAUCGUAGAUGCGCCUACCGAGAGCCACGAGCUUGCUCUUGAAGCAGCAAAGGGCAACAACCCAGACCAUGGUACUGGUCGAGCCCAAGUAGCUCAUGGUCAGGAAGUGCUGGAUCUAGGCUGGAAUGAACCAAAGGAGCAUGUGGACAGCCCGCUUGUGGGAGGUCUUUCGAACGAGGAUGUGUGGCUUCUUGUUCGCCGUUUCAACAAGCAAAUGUAUCAUGUGAAGGAGAUUCCCACCGCGCCCCCUGGAGGGCUUGACAUGAACAUUGCGGACGAAGAGGAGUUCUCGCCAGACAAGCUACGCGCGAAUCUCGAGCGCGUUUACAUGACGAUAGGCAUUGGAGUUCUCACAUUCGGCAAGCACGUCGUCCGUCUGCGCUCGUGGCGCGAGUUCAACCGUACUUCAUACUUCGCCGCAGCUUAUUUCCUGGCCUGGUUACUCGACCUGAUCAUGCCACUGGUAUCGAUCGCCCUCGUCACACUUAUCGUCUACCCACCGUCUCGAGAAAUCCUAUUCCCACCUGCCCCAAUCGCGCUCGUCAGCUCUAAGGGAGGCGUGCAGAAGCCAAAGGCUGGCACCUUGGGCAGUAAGGACAGCGCAACAGGAGCGCCGGAGAACCACAAGGGUGAGGCCGUGGAACAGGAAGCAAACAACUUCGUCAAUGGUAUUGCUCAUGUUGCACUGGCCAGUGCUACUGGCAAGCACCCUCAAGGCGAACCUGUGGAAGGUGAAAACCCUCAAGGAGAUACUGUUCCAGACCCGACAUCCAUCGCCAUUGGCGCUGCAGACGCACAGCAAGCAGCAUCAGGUGGGAAGGCCUCUGCAAAACAUGACAAGACAAAGGUCCCCAUGGAGACUGCCAUGUGGACUAAGAUGCGCCCCAUCAUGCACGGUCUGGCAGACGUGACCGAUACAUGGGAGCGCUUUGGCAAUGCCCUCGAACCAACCGCUCCCUUUCCUAAGAGGAAAUACCGCAUGCGCCUCGCAGCAGUCCUGGCUCCUCUCGUUCUCGCCUCUCUGUUCGUUACCUCCUACAUGUUCAUGAAAGGUUUUACCUUCGGUAUUGGCUUUGGCUUCUUCGGCGACCCAGUCAUCCAGCGCGGCCUUGAACAGUUAAAUCGCAAAUUCCCCAACUGGCAGAAGCUGCUCGAGCUCCGCAACACAUUACUCAAGGGCGUCCCUACUAACGCUCAGCUUACUAUCACCCUCCUCCGCAUCGGCGAAGUCAACAAGGCGCCUCUACCACCGCCACCUCGCAUCGACGAGCCCCCACCAGAGACGCCAGUCGAUGUCAGCGACAAGGACCUGCGCGCCGCGGGUUCAGACUGGCCGCUGAACGCAACGCAAGCCGAGCUCGACGAAGCCAUGGCGCACGACCCAACUAUCGCGCACCAAACGGGCGGCCCCGACAUCGACAAAGCAAAAGACACCAAGCACGGCAAGAAAGGGAGUAAGAUCCUCAACUUCUUCCGCGGAACCGUCAAAGGCGGCGUCGAAACCACCAUCGGCGCCGACAAGGUCAAAGCUGCCGUCGGCUCAGAGCACGCAAAGAACCGCCUCGGUGCCGUCCAGCCUAAAGACGUGAACAAAAUCGAUGGCCCGGUGGAGUUCAAGGCGAGAGAUAAGGGUAAGAAGGGCCAUGUGUACAUCACGACUGUUGCUACGAUUCCAAGCAUAGCGUUCUCGACGGACUCGACGAUUGAGAAGAUCGGCACGCAGGACCGUGAGGAUCUGCAUCCGUCGUGGAGCAUUCCUGUCGGCGACAUCAUGGAGCUCAAGAAGAUCGGUGGAUAUGGAUGGAAGGCGAAGCUGGUUGUUGGCUGGGCAAUGAACCGCGAGGUUGCUGAUGGACUGGAGAUUGUGGAUCGCAAGGGGAGUGUUAUCAGGCUCACGGCCAUACCCCUGAGAGACGAGCUGUUCAACCGCUUGGUGGCCAUGGGAGGCCAGAAGUGGGAGUGCUGGUAGAUGCGCACCGUGUUUGUUCUGACAUGCUUUGGGAUGGCUUGCUGCGACAGGAAUAUAUACCACGGCUGGCGUUACGGCGUCGAACUCUUGACCAUCUUCAUUGCACUCUACCUCCCCGUAUAGGCUAAGCGUUAGGUGACACUGUCGCUGGUCGAUUCCUGAUAAUGAACAU